CCGCCAUGGCUCCCCGUGUCCCUGCUCUGCUCCUCUCAGUGAGUGAAAGUGGCCGCCGCCGCCGCCGGCCCAGCGCCCGCAGCCGCCUCAGCGCCGCCGCCAUCUUGGGGUCCCAGGAGCCGCCGAGGGAGCGAGCUAGGAGCGUUCCCGUCCAACGCAGUCACCGUCCCUCGGCCUCGGAGAGCGAAGCGCGGCUCCACAGUCGGCGGGGCGACCCCCCCCUCCGGACCCCGCCCGCCCCCCGCCCCCCCUCCGCCGCCGCCGCGGCGGCGGGGCCCCUCGGCCCGAGCUGUGCAGUUGGAGGUCCUCGUGCAUGAAGACAGAUUUGUUCUAUGGCCUCGGAGUUGGGUGCCGGGGACGAUGGCAGCUGCACUGAGCUGGCAAAGCCCCUUUAUCUUCAGUACCUGGAGAGAGCCUUGCGGCUGGACCACUUUCUGCGACAAACAUCAGCCAUCUUCAACAGGAAUAUUUCUAGUGAUGACAGUGAAGAUGGACUGGAUGACAAUAAUCCCUUAUUGCCUGAGUCUGGGGAUCCCUUAAUACAAGUAAAAGAAGAGCCUCCAAAUUCAUUGCUUGGCGAAACCUCUGGAGCAAGCAGUUCUGGGUUGUUGAACCCAUAUUCACUGAACGGAGUUCUGCAGUCAGAAUCAAAAUCUGACAAGGGGAAUUUAUAUAACUUCUCUAAGUUGAAGAAAAGCAGAAAGUGGCUAAAGAGCAUUCUUUUAAGUGAUGAGUCCAGUGAGGCAGAUUCUCAGAGUGAAGACAAUGAUGAUGAAGAAGAAGAACUCAGUCUCAGCAGAGAAGAACUUCACAACAUGCUUCGAUUACACAAAUAUAAGAAACUUCACCAAAAUAAAUAUAGUAAAGAUAAGGAGUUGCAGCAGUACCAGUACUACAGUGCAGGCCUGCUCUCUACAUACGACCCUUUCUAUGAGCAACAGCGCCACUUGCUUGGACCCAAAAAGAAGAAAUUCAAGGAAGACAAGAAGCUUAAAGCCAAGUUGAAAAAAGUGAAGAAAAAAAGAAGACGCGAUGAAGAGUUUUCCUCUGAAGAAUCUCCACGUCACCACCACCACCAGACCAAAGUCUUUGCUAAGUUUUCCCAUGAUGCACCUCCCCCUGGCACCAAGAAGAAACACUUAUCCAUUGAGCAGCUUAAUGCCCGCCGCAGGAAAGUGUGGCUGAGCAUCGUGAAAAAGGAACUACCAAAGGCCAACAAGCAGAAGUCUUCAGCUCGAAACUUAUUUCUUACCAAUAGCCGAAAGCUUGCCCAUCAAUGCAUGAAGGAGGUGCGUCGAGCUGCUUUGCAAGCACAGAAAAACUGUAAGGAAACUCUGCCUCGAGCCCGGCGCCUAACAAAAGAGAUGCUUCUCUACUGGAAGAAGUAUGAGAAGGUGGAGAAGGAGCACCGCAAGCGAGCAGAGAAGGAAGCUUUGGAGCAGCGGAAGUUGGAUGAGGAAAUGCGGGAGGCCAAGAGGCAACAACGAAAACUCAACUUCUUAAUCACUCAGACAGAAUUGUAUGCUCAUUUUAUGAGUCGAAAACGUGAUAUGGGUCAUGAUGGAAUCCAGGAAGAAAUCUUAAGGAAACUAGAAGAUAGUUCUACCCAGAGACAAAUUGACAUUGGUGGAGGAGUGGUGGUUAACAUCACCCAAGAAGACUAUGUCUCCUAUGUACCCAAACUCUUGUAUCAGAACUUGGAACAAAUAGUUUUAAUUAGUGAGCAAUAUAGCUUAACAAGGUCAUUUGAUGAAGAUGCAAAAGAAAGUCGGGCAGCUGCCCUUAGGGCAGCAGACAAGUCUGGCUCUGGGUUUGGGGAGAGUUAUAGCUUAGCAAAUCCAUCUAUCCGGGCCGGUGAGGAUAUUCCGCAACCCACUAUUUUCAAUGGCAAGUUGAAAGGUUACCAGCUGAAAGGCAUGAACUGGUUAGCAAAUUUAUAUGAACAGGGUAUUAAUGGAAUUCUUGCUGAUGAAAUGGGUCUUGGUAAAACUGUACAGAGCAUUGCCCUCCUGGCCCAUCUGGCUGAGAGAGAAAACAUUUGGGGACCUUUCUUAAUAAUUUCACCUGCUUCUACACUUAAUAAUUGGCACCAGGAGUUUACAAGAUUCGUUCCUAAAUUUAAGGUGCUACCAUAUUGGGGAAAUCCUCAUGAUAGAAAAGUCAUCCGGAGAUUCUGGAGUCAGAAGACCUUAUAUACUCAGGAUGCCCCCUUCCAUGUGGUCAUCACUAGCUACCAGCUGGUGGUUCAGGAUGUCAAGUACUUCCAGCGGGUCAAGUGGCAAUACAUGGUACUGGAUGAAGCUCAGGCACUGAAGAGCAGUUCCAGUGUUCGUUGGAAGAUUCUCUUACAAUUCCAGUGUCGGAAUCGACUUUUGUUAACUGGAACCCCCAUUCAGAAUACCAUGGCAGAGCUCUGGGCUCUGCUACAUUUCAUUAUGCCAACAUUAUUUGAUUCGCAUGAAGAAUUUAAUGAAUGGUUUUCCAAAGACAUUGAAAGUCAUGCUGAAAACAAAUCUGCUAUUGAUGAGAAUCAACUCUCUCGUUUACACAUGAUCUUGAAACCAUUUAUGCUGAGAAGAAUCAAAAAAGAUGUAGAAAAUGAAUUGUCUGACAAGAUUGAGAUUCUAACGUACUGCCAAUUGACCAGUCGACAAAAACUCUUAUAUCAGGCACUAAAGAAUAAAAUUUCCAUUGAGGACUUACUGCAGUCUUCAAUGGGCUCCACACAACAAGCACAGAACACCACCAGCAGCCUCAUGAAUUUAGUCAUGCAAUUCAGGAAGGUGUGUAAUCACCCAGAGUUAUUCGAACGGCAAGAAACGUGGUCUCCAUUUCAUAUUUCUCUAAAGCCAUAUGAGAUUUCGAAGUUUAUCUAUCGUCAUGGACAGAUCAGGGUCUUCAACCACUCACGUGAUAGGUGGUUGAAGGUUCUUCUCUCUCCGUUUGCACCAGACUAUAUCCAGCAGUCUCUCUUCCAUAGGAAAGGUAUUAAUGAAGGAAGCUGUUUUUCUUUCCUUCGAUUUAUUGAUGUCUCGCCAGCAGAAAUGGCAAACCUCAUGCUUCAGGGACUUUUGGCCAGGUGGUUAGCUCUUUUCCUAUCUCUGAAAGCCUCCUACAGGCUCCACCAGCUGCGCUCUUGGGCAGAGCCGGAUGGGACGAGUCAUCAGAGCUAUCUGAGAAACAAGGAUUUUCUUCUCGGAGUUGAUUUCCCACUUUCCUUCCCCAACCUUUGCAGCUGCCCUUUGUUGAAGUCUCUUGUUUUCAGCAGCCACUGUAAAGCAGUGAGUGGCUACUCAGACCAUGUUGUCCAUCAGCGGAGAUCAGCUACGUCCUCACUUCGUUGCUGCCUCCUCACUGAGCUGCCGUCUUUUUUGUGUGUGGCCAGUCCACGAGUCACCGCAGUGCCGUUGGAUUCUUACUGUAAUGACAGAAGUGCAGAGUAUGAGAGAGGAGUUCUGAAGGAAGGAGGGAGUCUGGCUGCCAAGCAGUGUUUGUUGAAUGGGGCUCCUGAGCUGGCUACGGAUUGGCUGAGUCGCGGAUCCCAGUUCUUCCCAGAGCCAACUGGAGGGCUGCUGAGCAUUAGACCCCAGAACGGCUGGUCUUUCAUCAGAAUUCCAGGCAAGGAGAGCCUCAUCACUGACAGUGGAAAGCUGUAUGCCCUUGAUGUCCUGUUGACUCGGCUCAAGUCUCAAGGACAUAGGGUCCUUAUCUACUCUCAGAUGACCAGAAUGAUAGACCUGCUGGAGGAAUAUAUGGUAUACAGGAAGCAUACCUACAUGAGGCUGGAUGGCUCAUCUAAGAUCUCAGAGAGACGGGACAUGGUUGCUGAUUUUCAGACCAGGAAUGACAUCUUUGUGUUUCUGUUAAGCACACGAGCUGGAGGACUGGGUAUCAAUCUCACAGCUGCAGACACAGUGAUUUUCUACGACAGUGACUGGAACCCCACUGUAGACCAGCAGGCCAUGGAUAGGGCCCACCGCUUGGGGCAGACAAAACAGGUCACUGUGUACCGGCUUAUCUGUAAAGGCACAAUUGAGGAGCGUAUUCUGCAGAGAGCCAAGGAAAAGAGUGAGAUUCAGCGCAUGGUGAUUUCUGGUGGGAACUUCAAACCAGAUACCUUGAAACCCAAAGAGGUGGUUAGCCUUCUUCUAGAUGACGAAGAACUGGAAAAGAAAUUGAGACUGCGGCAGGAAGAGAAACGGCAGCAGGAGGAAAGCAACCGAGUGAAAGACCGCAAGCGCAAGCGGGAGAAGUACGCAGAAAAGAAGAAAAAGGAAGAUGAGUUGGAUGGGAAGAGGAGGAAAGAGGGUGUGAACCUCGUGAUCCCGUUUGUUCCCUCUGCUGACAACUCCAACCUCUCCGCUGAUGGGGAUGAUUCCUUCAUCAGUGUCGACUCAGCCAUGCCCAGCCCUUUCAGUGAGAUCUCAAUCAGCAGUGAACUGCACACUGGCUCCAUUCCCCCUGAUGAGAGCAGCAGUGACAUGUUAGUCAUCGUGGAUGACCCAGCCUCCUCAGCACCUCAGUCGAGAGCCACCAACUCUCCUGCUUCCAUAACAGGCUCUGUGUCAGACACUGUGAAUGGAAUUUCCAUUCAGGAAGUGCCAGCUGCAGGACGUGGUCACUCAGCUCGAAGCCGAGGCCGCCCCAAGGGUUCAGGAAGCACAGCCAAAGGAGCAGGCAAAGGCCGAAGCCGCAAGUCCACUGCAGGCAGCGCUGCUGCGAUGGCAGGAGCCAAAGCAGGGGCUGCAGCAGCUUCCGCAGCUGCUUAUGCUGCAUACGGGUACAAUGUGUCUAAAGGAAUCUCCGCAAGCAGUCCUCUGCAGACAUCCAUUGUCCGACCUGCUGGCCUUGCAGACUUUGGACCUUCAAGCGCCUCUUCUCCCUUAAGUUCCCCUCUGAACAAAGGAAAUAAUAUUCCUGGGACUCCUAAAAGCCUCCACAUGACCAGCAGCCUAGCCUCAGACUCCUUGAUCCGGAAACAGGGCAAAGGCACCAACCCCUCUGGAGGACGGUAACCAUGGUAACCAUCUCUGCCCUCUAGCUUCCUUCAACCAAACCAGGGGCUACAGUCCUGAGCCAUAGGUGGUCUUUGGAUGGCUUGCCUAGUGUGGCAUCUUGCAUCCUAUUUGGAGAGUGGAAAGGACCAGUUGUAGCAGGAGAGGACAGGCAGGUGGUUGGUGUGAGCACUUUUAUCACCUGUUUCCAAAGGAAUAUCCUGGGUUCGGCCCCACAGCAUCCUAGAUGUACUCUGCAGCCGUACUCUUAACCUCUUUCUGGGGAUGGGCCUGACACAGAGCCCUUUUAUAGAUGCUCAGGCACACUGUCUCCAUCCCCAUCCCACUCUUCAGCUCUGACCAUGUCCCUCAUGAAGGCUCCAUGGGUGCUGUGAAGAGCCUUCCGUAGUGGAGACUUGUCUAAAGGUUAUGGUUUCCUGCGGGCUAGGGAGGAAGUGGUUCCCUGGCAUCCAUAGUCUGGGAGUGCUCCUGGGUCUCUCAACCCUGUUUGCCACAGUGUCAUCACUGAAGAACAGAACGCAGUGAAUGCCAGAGAAGAUGGUGGCUGUAAGGAUGAGAGAGGCUGGAGCAAGCAGAGCCACAGGCAGUUAUCACAGCAUUUCCUCCUGUCCAGCACAGUUCACACCAGGGAAGCUUUAGGUCCCACCAGCAACAGUAGCAGCAGCUCCCACUCAAGGGACUUCCCAGAAGCCAGUAAAGAGACCAGGAACCACCUCAAUCAGCAGGACAUCCUCACCACCCUCUUGCAGAUGCCCCUUUGCCCAUCCUGAAUGCACAGCCUCCCCGGCUUUGCCCUUCAGCCCCUGCUUGGCUGUAUGCACUGUCUGUAUUGCACUGAGAAAGAAGGGACAGCAGGAGUGAGAUGGGGAGGGAGCUGGCUCAGCACCACCCCUCCCAGCCCUGCCCCACUCGCCUGAGCUUGCUGCCCUCUGAGAGGGGAAAAGGGCGGCUGGGAGGGCUUUCCACCUGAUGUCCCUGGUGGAACAGGUGCUUCUGGGCGGGCCAGCCUCUAAUUUGCACACCUGAAAUCGCGGAAUUGAGUUUAGAUAGAUUGAUUUUUUAAACACUUUUUUUUUUUUUGGAGUAGGCGUAGGGGAAUCAUUUAAUUUAAAUCAUAAAGAUUCCCCUACCCAAACCCUGACUCCUGUGUACAGAUGCUCUUUAGAGGGAAUCAGAAAAAUGCCAAGCCUUUUUUUCUCUUUGAAUGUGCUGUCUAUUUUUAUAACUGAACUUGUACAUAUGUAUAAAGAGAGACACAUCUUUCUUUUACUAACUGGAUAAAAAAAAAUCUUAAAUAAAAUGGAGUGAGAUAAUUUUAUGUAAA